UGUUGUUUUGAAUGCAUGCCUGCUCCAGGAUAACUUGUAGGGAGUUUCCGUGAGUUCAGUCUUUGCACCAGGCUGACAUUUCAGGGGUUGGUAUGACUUCCCCAGUAGCCACUAAAUUACAUUUUCCUCAGGAAUUUGGAGAUAAGCACUUAUAAAGGGGAGGCACUGCUCUCCAGUGGUGACUAGUCAGCAGUGCGGCCAUCUUCUCCUCACAAACCUGCUUAUGUUGCCAAGUCAUGCUCUCACUGUCAAAGCCUAUGAUAAGGAAUUUUGUUGACUUCAUUGAUUAUUUCUACAAUUCUGUUUUUUCCAUGUUUUAGAAACCUUAAACAUGCUCUCAGUCUCAUUAUUAAAAACGAUUUGCAAGCAAUACUACAUAUGCUACAGUAAUAGGUAUGGCAACAUUACAGUGUAUAUUAAAAGAGGUAAAUAGUUAUUUCAUAGGCGUUGCACACUUCCUGGCUCCUCCUCCCAUCAUCAGCACACCUGUUCUUGACCAAUCCAGACAGAGCCAGGCUCAGAGCUCCACCCACUGCAGCUGAUGGCGUUACCAUGGGUUACCAAGGGUGGAGGCUUGUCAUCUCUCUGCAUUGGACGCAGCAGCAGCAACACCAGCCAGCUGCAAUAUUGACUACACCUGCUUUCUCCAUGAAAGGCAGUUGCUGACUGAGCAUGCUUGCUUCCUCUGGGUGACAAACUUUUAAGUGCAGAGUGUAAACAGGUCUGAACAGAUGUCAUAUAAAAAAUCUGUGGGUUUACAUGAGGCGCUAUAAGUGCCAGCACCUUGGCUUCUCCCCCCAACUGUUUAUCAGGCUUGCUGCCAACUUUCUCACUAAUUAUCCAACACACCCCCUCUGUCAGUAUUAUCCCUGCACUUUCCACCAAUAUUUUCAGUGCUGACCUUCAGUGAUUGCAGGCCUUUCCCGUCGUCUACCGACCACCCACGCACACCCAAAAAGCGAUCCACCCAUCCCUCAGAGAGCAAGUACAGUGGCUGACACGUUGUUAUGGAAACUGUGCUGACAUGCUAAAAUGUAUUCCACAGUCACCACUGCAGUGGAGGGUUUGUCUGUUUUAAUGUGAGUUAGGAAGGGUUUAUUUAGUUGUACUGGAUGACCCUGUACUACUACACUUGUACUGUACACUAGCUUUGACUGCAACUGUAAAAGAGGUGCGGUAUGAAUCUAGUAGCAAUGGUUUUAAUCAACAUGACACUAUGAUAUCCGACUUAUGGGUCUCUAAACUUUUGAAUACACAUGUUCAACUAUUCAGAUUUUAGUAUAGCUAAAUACACAUUUCUUCAUGCUGCGUCUACAUCAGCCACACUGCUUGCCAAUUCUGAUCUUACAUUAACUUGUGCUCACGUCACUGCAAGUUUCUAGGCUGGAAUGACUGUGGAAACUAGUGCUUGUGUAGCCGCGUAAACCUUCGCAUCACAGCACACAAAUAUGGUGCGUUCAAGCGCUGUAAAUUUACUACGUAUUUAUGAAUUGUUACCAACACGAAUUAGAUAUUUUAUACAUAAAUGUGUUUUUUUCUCGAGGGGGUGCUUGAAUAUGUAUAUACACAGGACAGAGGUGUACUAAAUAUUAUUAAGUGAGAAAAAAAUCCAAACCCACAGGUGCCCUCUAAACUGGUUAGACUACCCUUAGCAGCAACAACUGCAAUCAAGCGUUGGUGAUAACUUACAGUGAGUCUCUUUCAGCGCUGUGGAGGAAUUUUGUCUCACUCAUCUUUGCAGAAUUGUUGUCAUUCAGCCACAUUGGAGGGUUUUCCAGCAUGAAGUGCCAAUAGGAUUCAGGUCAGGACUUUGACUAGGCCACUCCAAAGUCUUCAUUUAGUUUUUCUUCAGCCAUUCAGAGGUUGACUUACUUUUUGGAUCAGAACCUAAGUUGAUUUUAACUUAGGAUCACAGAGCUACAGUAUGCCCAGACAUUCUACUUUUUGAGAGCAGAAUUCAUGGUUCCAUUUAUCUCUGCAAGUUUUCCAGGUCCUGGAGCAGCAAAACAGCCCCAGGCCAUCAUACUACCACCACCAUAUUUUACUUUUGGUAUGAUGCUACAUCGUAGAGUGCUACAUAGACCACAGAGUAUUUCCCAAAGGUCUUGGGGAUCAUGAGGAUGUUUUCUGUCAAAAUUGUGGUGAGCCUUAAUGUUUUUUUGUUUUUUUUCAGCAGUGGUUUUGGUCUUGGAACUCUGACAUGCAGGCCAUUUUUGCCCAGUGUCUUUCUUAUGGUGGCGUCAUGAACAUUGACUUUACCUGAGGCAAGUGAGGCCUGCAGUGCUUUUGGUUCAUGACUGUUCCAUGUUUUUGCCAUUUGUGGAUAAUAAUAAUAAUGGCUUUCAAUGUGGUUUGCUGGAAUCCCAAAACUUUAGAAAUGGCUUUAGAACAUUUUCCACACAAAUAGAUUAGUUUUAUUAGUUACAUUAGUUAUGUUUUAUGGGUUAAUGUGCGGUUGCUCAGUUGUGUAGUCACUGUUUAAUAUUUAAAUUAGUUUGACUAGUGGAAACUAGUGCUUCAAAUUCGGUAUUAAAUGUGGAAAAAAUGUCUGCAAAUUCAAUAUUAUAAACUACUGCUGUCACUCCAGUUAGGAAAUGAUCUGCAAAAACUCCCUAAGCUUUUAAUUGGUAACUCCUGUAAUCAAUAUUCAGAUUCUAGUAGGGUAUCAUUUGGCGGAUGUCAGAAUAUGUGGUGCUGAAAGAACAGCGCCACUCCUUGUAAGAUUGGGUGUGACUUCCGGGAACUCUUCUGCACCUCAAACUUCUACCGGAAAUCACGUAACACCUUAUCCAUUGGUAAACUCUUUGUUAAACUCCCUUAGAUAUUUCAAGACACACCGGAUGUCCCCCUGGUAAUUCCUGGUAUUGCACCGUCGGUCCUGCUUUUAUUUUGACAGGGUAGACUCUCGUCGUGUCCCUCACGUAGGCGUACUUGUCACAUUGCUCGCAUGCUGGACUCUUAGAAAUAAAAGUGCGCUAAUAUACCUACAUCUUUUUUCUUUUCAUAUUUCCUCAAGGGUGGGGUUCUUCCACGCGUGCAGUGUCCUUUUGAUUUCCUGGCUUCAGUGACUCUGCCCCCACCUGCAAGUGGAUCCCUCUCAAGGCGGUGGCCGUGCAGGAGAGAAGAAGCUUUUUUUCCCCGUGUAAAGCAGCAACACCGCCUGCAAUUAAAGCAUGUCGACCACGGGUGGAAUUUUUACCAACAUGGGCUCCGACAGCCCGGCCAGGCCCAGGCAGCAGUUCUGUGGCAUGUUCUGCCCGGUGGAAGGCUCUUUGCUGGACAGCAAGACUUUGGACUUGGAUGCGCUCUCGGCGUGCAGAGGCAAGCGAGACAGUCGAGUCAUUGACCGGCAGAGCGACAUCUCCCAGCCCAAGAAGGUGGAGAUCAGGGAGAGCACAGGGAAAGAGGCGCUGCAGAACCUGGAUGACAAAAAGAGCGACCGUCUUCUUAUCAAAGGAGCAAAGAUCGUCAAUGAUGACCAGUCUUUCUGUGCCGACAUUUACAUGGAGGAUGGAGUCAUCAAACAAAUUGGGGAGAACCUCAUUGUGCCCGGCGGGGUCAAAACCAUCGACGCCCAUGGGCGCAUGUUGAUGCCAGGCGGGAUCGAUGUGCACACACGCUUCCAGAUGCCAGAUCGAGGUAUGACAUCUGCUGAUGACUUCUACCAGGGAACCAAAGCGGCGUUGGCAGGAGGCACCACCAUGAUCAUCGACCACGUGGUACCCGAGCCAGGCGUCAGUCUCAUCUCGGCCUUCGAGCAAUGGCGCGACUGGGCUGACAGCAAGUCAUGCUGCGACUACUCUCUGCACGUGGACAUCACAGAGUGGCACAGAGGCAUGCAGGAAGAGAUGGAGACGCUCGUCAAGGAUCAUGGUGUCAACUCCUUCCUGGUCUAUCUGGCUUAUAAGGAUCUUUUCCAGCUAACUGACACCCAGGUGUAUGAGGUGUUUAGUGUGAUCCGUGAUCUGGGAGCCAUUGCUCAGGUGCAUGCUGAAAAUGGAGACAUUGUUGCUGAGGAACAGCGAAGGAUCCUGGAGCAAGGCAUCACUGGUCCUGAGGGACAUGUGUUGAGCCGUCCUGAGGAGGUGGAGGCAGAGGCUGUAAACCGCUCUGUGACUGUGGCCAAUCAGACCAACUGUCCCCUGUACGUGACCAAGGUGAUGAGCAAGAGUGCUGCUGAUGUCAUCGCCCAAGCCAGGAAGAAGGGUACUGUGGUUUAUGGAGAACCAAUCACUGCUAGCCUGGGAACAGACGGCUCCCACUACUGGAGCAAGAACUGGGCCAAGGCAGCAGCUUACAUCACCUCCCCUCCACUGAGCCCUGACCCAACCACACCGGACUAUCUCAACUCCCUGCUCUCCUGCGGUGACCUGCAGGUGACAGGAAGUGCACAUUGUCCCUUUGACACCGCUCAACGUGCUGUGGGCAAAGAUGACUUCAGCUUGAUUCCUGAAGGUGUCAAUGGGACAGAGGAGAGGAUGCCCAUCAUCUGGGACAAAUGUGUGGUAACCGGAAAGAUGGACGAAAACCAGUUUGUGGCGGUGACCAGCACCAACGCGGCCAAGAUCUUCAACCUGUAUCCCCGUAAGGGUCGCAUUGCUGUAGGUUCUGAUGCUGAUCUGGUUCUGUGGGACCCUGACGUCACAAAGAUCAUCUCUGCCAAGAACCACAACUCGACUGUGGAGUAUAACAUCUUUGAAGGAACAGAAGUGCGUGGCGGGCCUCUGGUGGUGAUCAGCCAGGGUAAGAUCGUCUUGGAAGAAGGAAAUCUCCACACUACAGAAGGUUCUGGACGUUUUGUGGCCCGCAAACCUUUCCCCGACUACGUCUACAAGAGGAUAAAAGCUCGCAGCAGGCUAGCUGAGCUGAGGGGCGUGCCCAGAGGACUGUAUGACGGUCCGGUGUGUGAGGUGUCCGUCACCCCUAAAGCCAUGACCCCCGCCUCCUCUGCAAAGACGUCGCCCGCGAAGCAACCCAACCAGCCGGUCCGGAACCUUCAUCAGUCAGGCUUCAGCCUCUCUGGCGCUCAGAUCGAUGACAACAUUCCUCGCCGGAACACCCAACGCAUUGUGGCGCCGCCAGGUGGCAAGGCCAACAUCACCAGCCUGGGUUAGAGCAUCGGCAUCCCAUCGCUGUGUUGGAGAGGAGGAAGUACUGGUACUGAGGAAGGACACCCGACAGGUUCGAUGCCGCGGACCUUUUCCCAACAACUGACUGGGUCUUUCUUCAGCCGGGAUCUUUAACUCCUCCACUUCUUCUUUUUUUCACAUUCCCACUUCCUUUCCCCUCCAAACAAAAAAGAUCUGCCUCAUAUGAUCAUUUGCGCACUUUUUAUUUCAUUUUCGUACCCUUUUUGUCCACUCCGCCAUUGGAUAGACUCAUGUAACAUAGGCAAGAUGAUUGGGUUCCAACAUUCAUCCCAUAAUCCACCCUUAUGGUUCUUCACUCAUUUGGCAACUUCCUGAAAAGCUUCAUGUCUGCAUGUUUCCGGCCAUCACCGAGCAGGGAGAAGGUUACUUAAGGGAAAUAAAAUGCCUUAUUGUCGCUCCACAUCAUCCAUUUCACACAGCAGCUAUAGAAUUUCCAAACUUAACCUGCAGUUGAAGCCGUCCAUCACCGAGCAGUGCUUUUACACACGGAAUGUUUUCCUCUACAAGCCCUCUUUCUUUUCUUGCUCUUGAUGUGCCUGAAGCCACAGAAGGUGUAUACAUAGCGGAGAUGUUUUGGUGUUCUUGAAGUGAACGAUGUAAGAUAAAACGAUGUAAAAUAGCCAGGAUAAACCGAUUCAAAGGUGCCAGAUUUUUGUGUUUUCUUUUUGGGCCUAUUGUGCCAGUAGAGCCCCCUGUAAAGAUGAAAAAAAAAAAGCUGACUUUUUUUUGUUGUCAAAUUUAGUGUGAACUUGUGACUACUUGCUGAACGGCUGAGCAGAUGUUGUUUUGCGCUUGGAAAGAGGCGGCGAGCUGAUGUUCUGUACUGUACGUGUGACUGGUGUGCAGUGUUGAUGUUGGAGGGAUGGACCCAUGCAGCAAUCCUUAUGUAAUAUUUCCUUUUUAUGCACGAUUGAUCUGCUUUUCAUCCCCACAAGCAAUGGACUUUUUUUUUUUUUUUAAUCUUUGCAAAAGAGCAGCUACUAUAACCCCCAUGUAAUAUUCUUCACAAAGCCCCUGUUUGAUUGUGUAAUUAGAAUGUCCUAUUUGUAACAACACUUUAGCUUGUAUUCCAUGUAGCAGCAAGGCAAUGUAACAAAUGUGUUGAAAGUUGCGACUGGAGGAUGAUGGGAAAUGGGAACUUGUGGAUCAUCUUUAUUCCCUCACAUUUUUAUUGUUAUCUCAUUUCAUAUGCUGCACUAGUGAACCAUGUUUUCCUUUUAGUUUGGUGCAAAUUUCAAUUGUCUAACCAAAAUUGCUGAUUCCGAUCAUGCACCAACCGCAGCAGGCGGAGCUAGACGGUCUGUUGAUUGAGCUAUCCUAGAUGGUCCUGCUACUAUGAUGUCAAACUAUGUUAAAAAGCCAUUCCAAACAAUACCAUGCUGGAGAGGCCCCGUUAUUCCCUUCCUUUCAUUGUUUGAAGCUGUUGCUACAGCAACAGAGCUUCUCAUGAGCUGCUGCUUGUGCUCGUUGUAGCCAUACACACACACAAAAACACGCACACACACACAUUAAGCAAUCGCAUCCCUCCUUGGACUACACAACUGUACUUUUUGAUAAAGCCCUGUGUCAGCCAGAGUGCUUCUACUAUGCCAUGUUAUGCUCAUCAAACACGAGUGAUAUGUAUGUUCGCUGUGUGCUGCAGACUGCGAGGAAAUGCUGUUGUUGUUCUACACUGCCUUGCUCCUAAAACUAUAUUACCCCUUCCCCUUUGUGAAAGUUAUACUGUGUGAUUUUGUCCCGGUGGCUGUGAGGAGUUCGGGAUGCUUGCUCGAUAUGGGAACAAAAAAAGUGUCAAAUUCAAUGGAUGGUGAAGUUAAAAAAAAACUUCAAA